CUGUUUUAUGAGGCCGGCUAAGACAGGAGAGGAAACAGUCUCCUCUGAGUCAUCUGAAGCAGGAGGGUUACUUAUUUCUUAUUGAUCUAAUCCCACCUCGUUUUAUUUGCCGGACUGAAGCAGCGCGUUAAACUCAAUGCAGUAGUUUAGUUAACUGGAAGCUACUGAAGCAGUUUUACACUUGUCUCUCAGCGGGAAGUGAAACGAUCAGCUGCGUAGCGUUUUAUCAUCCUGCAAACGCGUCUAGGUCUUACAAGUUUGUAAGAAAUUUGCUUUAUACCUUUUCAACACCGGCAAAAGGAGUGACAUAACUUCCAGUGCUGUGCGUUGCUGGCAUCAUCUCAGCAAUUCUGUGAAGUUCAUGGGAAAAAAAUGCUGAAGGGAAGGAGCUGAGACUGGGACACGACUGCAGAGGAGCUUUGUACGAGGAGAGGAUGGAGGUGACUGGGUCCUGUGUGUGGAGUCAGGACUGUUGAUCUGAAGCUGAAUAAACCUUUUUCUCCAGCUGUUUGAGCUGAGCAGGUGUGAAGGAGUUUCUAUUUGAGGAAUCUGGUGGAUGUUUCUGGAGCUGCUGCAAGUGAGGAGGCUGAGCUCAGCAGUUGCCAAGCUGCAGCUAUGAACGUUGAGGCGAGGUUUGCUCCCUCCUUAUCAGUGACUUCGUUGCUUGUCUCACCAUGCUGGACGACCUCGUCGCCUCUGUCCCUUACAUCGUCCUGGAGCUGCUGAUUGCUGCGUUCUCUGUGCUGGGAAAUGUGCUGGUCUGCUGGGCUGUGUACCUCAACAGUAACCUGCAGAGCAUCACCAACUUCUUCGUGGUGUCGCUGGCGGUGGCCGACAUCGCUGUGGGCGUCCUGGCCAUUCCCUUUGCCAUCGUCAUCAGCACCAGCUUCUGCUCCAACUUCUAUGGCUGCCUCUUCAUGGCUUGCUUUGUGCUGAUUCUCACACAGAGCUCCAUCUUUAGCCUGCUGGCCAUUGCUAUAGACCGCUACAUCGCAAUCACGAUACCCCUCAGGUACAACAGUUUGGUGACAGGCCAGCGGGCUCGAGGCAUCAUUGCCAUCUGCUGGGUUUUAUCCAUCAUCAUCGGUAUGACUCCCAUGAUGGGAUGGCACAAACCCUCUCAGAGCAGCAACAAUACGAAUUGCUCGUCCGGCCUGAUGAACUGCGAGUUUGAAAAGGUGGUGGAUAUGACGUAUAUGAUUUACUUCAACUUUUUUGGCUGUGUACUGAUCCCCCUGCUGCUGAUGCUGGCCAUCUAUCUGUGUAUCUUCAUGGCAGCUCGCCACCAGCUCAAGCGGAUCGAAGUGAAAGCGAUUCAGGGAGCGAAGUCUCGCUCCACACUGCAAAAGGAAGUCCAGGCGGCCAAGUCCUUGGCCAUCAUUGUGGGGCUGUUUGCAGUCUGCUGGCUGCCCCUGCACAUCAUUAACUGCUUCACCCACUUCUGUCCUCAGUGUGGACGUGCUCCGCUCUGGGUAAUAAAUGUGGCCAUUAUCCUCUCUCAUGCCAACUCUGUGGUCAACCCCUUCAUCUACGCCUACCGCAUCCGGGAAUUCCGGCAAACCUUUCGUAAGAUUAUCCAGCGCCACAUCUUGGGCCGGCAGGAGGUGUUUGAGAGAAGCAGCAGCAAUCGUAAUUCCACUUACAACAGCAUCACAGACUCCAUCAGACUGAAGGCAAAUGGCCUCAGCUUUGACCUUUUCACAGAGCACAGCAGCAGCAGUAGCUGUGAAAGCUCCUGCCGCUGCCCUGCUCAUGCCUCUCCUGUAAGGGGUGGUCUGGUGGCGGUGUCCCACUCUCCUUUGUCAGUCAUUAUCUCGCACUGUCCUAAGAUGGAGAUGUGUCCAUUACAAGCCCUCAAACAACAACAAGUCCCGCUGGACCAUCAUCUGCAGUAUGCGGUGCAACAACAUGACUGUGCUGGAGCAGAGGUCCUGGAAGAGGGAGGCAAUCAAAACCCGGGCUCAGCCCAUAUCACAUCGCUGUUCAGUAAGCCCAACAGGAGGAGUUGUUGUAGUGAGCUGACACAGGUGUCUUGAUUCAUGCACAGGGGGAAUCCUGCACUAAUUCAGGAACUUUGCAGUAAAAUAUCAGCGUGAGCUCAGGAUCUGAAUAGAUCUAGAAUAAAUCCAGACAACUGAAAACUUCUUACCACAAUAAAACUGUCUCCACUAUUUAAGUACAGUAAUUUAAGCCAGGGUAAGAGUCUAAAAGCAUUGCUGGUGGCCCAGAGAGGACAAGCUGCUUAUUAACCUGCAUGAUAAAGAGUGUUUUAACAGACUGAAACUCUUGUCUAUAAGGUGCAGGCACUUCACACAUCAUAACAGGCUGCCUCAACAAACAACAUCACUGAAUGUUUUUGCUUUGCAAAUAGAGUUUAAUACAAUUACACUUUGACCAAUAAAACCGCAUUGCCUACCAAAGAGACAAGACAGAGAGCCAAUGGAGAGAGGCGAUGGUACGGAUGUCUUACUCUGUUUGAACAGGAAAAAUAGAAUGAAGUAUUAUUCGUUACCUCGUCGGGAUCUUAGUUUAGUUCCAUUGCUCCCUGUGGGUCCAUGUUGUUUGUGAUCAGACUAAAAAAGGACAGUACAAAGUGGUUUCUGUUUGUGUUAGUAGCAAUGUAAUACUUCACAUGUUUUAAAGGCUGGAUAUUUGGUAAUGCAAUGCUGAAAUGUAAUCUUGUAUUUUGUCUGCUCAGUUGAACAAUGAGGCUUUAAUUUGUGCUUAUUUAAGUUAAAUUGAAUGCAAAUGUUGACACAGUUUGAUAAAUGAUGGGAAAUAAUUUAAAGCAGAUUUUGAGUAAUAACAUUAUAAACUUUAAAAAAUA